CGGUUCUGAAACUUUCCUUCACAUCAUCCUGUAAUUAGCUGCAUUAUGACUCCUUAAUUAACUCAUUUAUGUGUUUGUGUCUUUAAUACGUCACAAAAAUAACACAUUAUCUUAAUUAUUUUAUUGUUUAAAAUGAAGUGAUGUACAAAUGAAGAUGGUUCCUUUAUGUAAUAUUCUCUCUCUCUUUCUCUCUCCCUCUCUCUCUCUCUCUCUCUCACACACACACACACACACACAAAUGCAUAUCACCUCUGCUACAUCACUCUGUUCCUCUCUGACAGCAGCAGUAAUGCAGUCCAAUCUCACCAUCAGACUCUGAUUGAAUCAUUCACUCCUGAGCUGAGACACUCACAGGGAAACAGAAUGCAGGGCAGUGAUAUGGAGGCUGGUUUGGCCCCGUCUCCUGGAUCUACCACAUCUGUGCAGAAGCUAAAAACCUCUGAGGCUCCGCCCACUCAGGCCCCACCCCAAAACUCACCUAGAGAACUAACGAUCUCCACCAGAACCAAACUUCUGAAUGACCUUCAAAAAGUCCACUUACCCUCCUGGGCUUUUGUGGCGUUGGGCUUCAUCAUCGUCCUCCUCGUUCUCAGCUGCUGCAUCUGCGUCUGCAGGAAGUUUGUGUUUAAGAGGAAAAAGGAGAAACCAGGAAAUGAGAAGAGCAGAAAGGAGAGCAUCGGCAUGUCGAGUGUGAGAGAUGAAGGCAUUACACAGAAUGUGUUUCAGAUUCAGCAUCAUGAUUCCAAAGCUCAGGAGAAGCAGGUGGAGUGUAAAGAGGAGGUGAAUCUGGGAAAACUUCAGUUUAGUCUCGACUACAACUUCACGGAGGACACGCUCAUUGUAGGAGUGAUUCAGGCAGAAGAUCUGGCUGCCAUGGACAUGAGCGGGACUUCAGAUCCAUACGUGAAGCUCUGUCUCCUCCCAGACAAGAAGAAAAAAUUUGAGACUAAAAUCCACAGAAAGACUCUGAAUCCCACUUUCAAUGACAGCUUCACUUUUAAGGUUCCGUACUCAGAGCUUGGAGGAAAGACUCUUCUCAUGACCGUGUAUGAUUUUGAUCGUUUCUCCAAACACGACGCCAUCGGAGCUGUAAGAGUGCCGAUGAACCGUGUCGAUUUCAGUCAUGUGACCGAGGAAUGGCGAGAACUGCAGAAGGUGGAACACGAGGAGGAGAAGUUAGGAGACAUCUGUCUGUCCCUGCGCUACGUCCCCACUGCUGGGAAACUCACCAUCGUCAUCCUGGAGGCCAAAAACCUCAAGAAAAUGGAUGUUGGUGGUCUCUCAGAUCCUUAUGUGAAGAUCCACCUGAUGCAGAACGGCAAAAGACUGAAGAAGAAGAAGACGACGAUAAAGAAAAACACCCUGAACCCGUAUUACAACGAAUCGUUCAGCUUCGAGGUUUCAUCUGAACAAAUUCAGAAAGUUCAGAUCAUCGUGACCGUGCUGGACUACGAUAAGAUCGGUAAGAACGACACCAUCGGGAAGAUCCUGGUGGGAACGAACAGCUCGGGGACGGAGCAGCGGCACUGGGAGGACGUGCUGGCCAGUCCGAGGAGACCCAUCGCUCAGUGGCACGCCCUGAAACCUGACGAAGACGUGGACGCAGAGCUCAAAAAGAAAUGAAGCUUCAUAUUCGAGGGGGAAUCAUCAUCAGCGUGAUGAUUCAUCUGUAACGCAAAGUUCAGCUCUGAAUUUUAUUUAAAGUUUAUUGUGUAAAUUUAACGAUUAAUGAACAAGUCAGUGAAGAAAUUCUGCCACACUCCAGUGAGUCAGAGCAAAAAGAGUCGACUCUUUUGACUCCCAAAAUGUUUUUCCCCCCAAAACUUGUUAAAUCUUCUGAUCUUUGUUCAGCUCUUCAAUAAAAUCUUCCUCUACAUUCUGAUCCA